AUGGGCACCAACGAGGUGGACCUGUCUCAGGUGCAGCUUUUGGUCCUGGACGAGGCGGACCGGAUGCUGGACAUGGGCUUUGAGCCGGAGAUCGCCAAGAUCUUGUCCCAGGCGCCAGAUGAACGGCAGACGCUGCUCUUCACGGCGACCUGGCCCAAGGCGGUGCGCCGUAUCGCGGAGAAGUACCUGAAGCCGGACUACCUGCACGUGAACGUGGGCGACACCGAGGAGCUGGCGGCCAACAAGGCGGUCAGCCAGGAGUUCUUCCGGCUCGGGGACGACGAGAAGGACGACAAGCUGUGGCAAAUCCUCAGCGGGCUGUCGGAUGACGCCAAGGUCAUUUGCUUCGCCAACACCAAGAGGCGCAUCGACGGGUUUCAGAAGACCUUCUGGGCCAAGGGCUUCGAGUCCGUGGCCCUGCACGGGGACAAGCUCCAGAAGGACCGGGACCGGGACCUGGAGAAGUUCGCGAAGGGCGAGACCUGGCUGCUCUUCGCCACCGACGUGUGCUCCCGGGGCCUCGACAUCAAAGGCGUGACCCACGUGGUGAACCUGGACAUGGCCCGGGAUGUGGAGAGCUAUGCCUCGGGUCCCAAGAGACCGGAUCCAACUGCCAAGCGCUCGCUUGCGAUCGGUUUCGAGAUGUUUCGAACAGGCAGCUUUGCUGGGUUCGCGUGUCGAGAUGUUUCGAGGCCCUGGGAUAUGUCCGGCUACAAGACUUUGGAGAUCACCCUUGAUCCGGAGCUGAACGCCUCCUUCUGCCGCCGGGGCCGGCGUCGGCUCCGCGAGAUCCAGGCUUCCAGCCGCGCGCAGCUCAAGUUCGACCGCGCCCGAGGCGUGCUGCGCGUGAGCGGCUCGGAGGCUGCAGUGCAGGAGGUGCAGCGGCAGUUGGAGUGCCUGGGCGGCCCCCGAAAGUCCGUCAACAACGCGGUGUGGGCUGAGCUCAUGCGAACUCGCAUGUCGGAUGACUCCACGAGCUCCGCGGUGCAGCGCAUCCAGCAGCUCAGCGGAUGCCGGGUCCACAUCGAGCGCACCGCCAAGGAGGUGCGUCUCUUUGGGCCCAAGCUGGCGGUGACCGCCGCCGCGCAUUUCCUGGAGGAUUUGCAGGCCCUGUGCACUCAGAAAGAGGUCGAGCUCGACAGCGUCUCAGGGACAAACCUCCAGCAGGUGGCCCAGCAGCACUGCGUCACCAUCAUGGCGGAGGAAGAGCACUGCAACGUGCUGGGCUUCGACUUCGCGGUGGAGCGGGCGCUGCAGCACCUCCGCGAGGGUCGAAGGGCGGAGGACUCCGCGCCGUGCGCGGAGACCACGGCGCAGAUCGCGGCGGCGCUGGUGAAGUUGGCGGGGGACGGCUCCUCCGUGAGCACCUCCGGCUCCGUCAAGGCCCAAUUCGAGGAUUCCGACUACUCCAGCGAGGUCGAGGACAAAGAGAAGGCGAUAGGAGCCAGCCGAGAAGAGCAUGGCAACCAUUCGUGCUGCUGCCCGAGCUGCGGCGCCACGAACUUCUGCGUGAGCUGCGGCUCGCCCAACGAGCAGUUCCAGAUGUAUCAGAUGCAGAUGCAGGGCAUGCCCAUGCAGGGCAUGAUCAUGAACAUGGGCUCGGGCAUGAUGCAGAUGCCAAUGAUGGCGGCCGCCACGCACUGA